AUGAUGACCAAAAUCAAAACUCAGGGCCUCGUGUCCGAUUUGAUGCCAAACAUCAAAUUAAUGCAAAUGGCUGGACAUUUCCUAUUCAAUUACUAUCCAGAAAAUGCUGGAAUGUCGAUAUUACUUCGCAAAAUCUACGCCAGUGUUCACGCGUUUCUUAUUAUUAUCCAGUAUUUAUGCAUGAUGGCGAAUAUGGCGCAGUAUUCUGAUGAAGUAAACGAGCUGACUGCUAAUACGAUUACUGUGCUGUUCUUCGCUCAUUCAAUUAUUAAGUUAAUUUUCUUUGCAAUUAACUCAAAGAGUUUCUACAGGACAUUGGCAAUGUGGAAUCAGUCAAACAGUCAUCCUCUCUUCACUGAAUCAGACGCAAGAUAUCAUCAAUUGGCUUUGACUAAAAUGCGAAGGUUAUUGUAUUUCAUCUGCGGCAUGACUGUACUCAGUGUUGUGUGUUGGGUGACGAUAACGUUUUUCGGUGAAUCAGUGCGCUUGAUAACGAAUAAAGAAACAAAUGAAACUCUAACAGAACCAGCACCAAGACUGCCGGUCAAGGCCUGGUAUCCUUUCAACGCAAUGAGCGGGACAAUGUAUGUCGUCGCUUUCAUAUUUCAGGUUUAUUGGCUACUCUUCUCUAUGGCUAUAGCAAAUCUGCUGGAUGUAAUGUUCUGCAGCUGGUUGAUAUUCGCCUGUGAGCAGCUGCAGCAUCUCAAAGCUAUUAUGAAACCUCUGAUGGAACUGAGCGCGUCUCUAGAUACUUAUCGACCCAAUACUGCUGAGCUGUUUCGUGUUUCUAAUACAGAAAAAUCCGAGAAGAUUCCAGACACGGUAGAUCUAGACAUCAGAGGAAUCUAUUCCACCCAACAAGACUUUGGUAUGACAGCGCGAGGCGCGGGUGGUAGGUUGCAGACAUUCGGUCAACCUGCACCCAACAAUCCUAAUGGUUUGACACAAAAACAAGAACUACUAGCUAGAUCUGCUAUCAAAUAUUGGGUGGAACGUCACAAGCAUGUUGUUAGACUGGUUGCUUCAAUUGGAGAUACGUACGGCACAGCUCUGUUAUUUCAUAUGUUGGUAUCGACUAUCACGCUUACUUUAUUAGCAUAUCAGGCUACGAAGAUCGAUGGAUUAAAUGUCUACGCUUUUAGUACAAUCGGAUAUUUGAGUUAUACUUUGGGGCAGGUUUUUCAUUUCUGUAUUUUUGGUAACAGAUUAAUUGAAGAGAGCUCAUCAGUAAUGGAAGCGGCAUACUCCUGUCAAUGGUACGACGGUUCUGAAGAAGCGAAGACAUUCGUUCAGAUAGUAUGUCAACAAUGUCAGAAGGCUAUGAGUAUUUCAGGAGCGAAGUUCUUCACAGUAUCAUUGGAUCUGUUUGCUUCGGUGCUGGGUGCAGUUGUUACUUAUUUCAUGGUGUUGGUACAACUCAAGUGAAUUAACAAAAAUAAGGAAC